AUUUUAUUUUGAAUUGUAAUUUCGUGCAAUGAUUUCUUUUUGUGGAUUCCCAUUUUUCUUUAGUCGGUGUUUUUUGAUAGAUGUACUUUUAACUUUUAAUACGAAAGGAAAGAUAAGUCUAAAUUAAGUUUAUCGCCCAAAAUUUAACUUUUAUUAUGGAGGGAAAUAAAUAAUAACAGGACCCAAAAGUAUUUGAUUGAUAAGGCCUCGCAUUUUGUAUAAAAACAUGGGUAGGUCUUUAUACGUAUCCUCGCCUACAAAUGAGCUACUGCCGAACGAGUCUCGAGGGCCACCAACUAUUAUGUAUCUUAUUGAAAUAAAUCCUAAUCUAUCCUCAGUUGCAGAAAGCCUACCCAUGCCAGUGCUGAAUACAAAUACAGCCAAUGUUCAUUAUCUAGUUCCAGUACAAGAAUCUGCCCAAAUAGAAACAUCAAAGCAUAAUCAGCAUCAUGAAGAUUCACAUAUAGAGUGUGAUGUUAAUACAAAUGGCAAUGUCACUCAGAUUUUUUCUAAGGGAGACUCAGUGAUAGCAACAACUACAUCGCAGCAAUCAAAGCCAAAAGAGCAGACUUUUGUUGAAAGACUUACUCGGGAAUAUUUGCACAUUUCGGAUAGCGUGCCGCCGCCGCGCGCCGUGUCGUCGCUGCCGAGCGUGCUGCGCGUCGGUCGCGGCGGAGUGGCACCGGUCAAGCUCUUGCCGCCGUGCGUGCGAUUUGGUCCCAUACAAGGAGUCAUUCAAGAAGUGUCCAGCGAAGAUGCUCGAAAAUUAGUAUUCACAGCAGCUGAUAGAAUGAAACCAAUUUUACUAUUAUCCAAAAAUGAUACCAUCAGUCACAUUGAUGUUUCAGACAAAGAUAUAUCAAAUUGGUUCAGCCUACUGCCCCUCGGCGACGAAAACACAGCCAAUGUGUGGUUAUAUCAAGAAAAUAAUGACCUGUAUGGCAUAACUAUACGAAGUAUAGCACCGAGAGUCAACUUGUGUUUAGGCUAUAGUAAGCAGUACGCCGAGCAAUACCGCAUUCCAGAUAACCAGCCUAUUUCAUCCAUUGAUGAUGAUGAAGAGCAAAAGAAAUGGUGGUGCUAUGAGUGUCAAUACACCUGUAAAUCUGCGUCCUUGCUACAGCGACACACCGAUGUUUGUCAUAAUAUGGGAACCAAAACUACCGUACGAAAACGGCGGUAUCGGUGCAAGCACUGCGCUCUGCCAUUUGUCAGAUUAUUCACUUUAAAACGCCACAUGACUCUUCACUGCAAAAUGAAAACAUCAAAAUCCAAUCCUCAACCAGAACCGGAGCCAACACCGACACCAGACGUGACUCUCAACCCACCGCCGGUUGAAGAAGACCGGUUACCUUCAGAUGAGAGCUUCCACAACUACACUAACAACCUCGACUUCUCCACAAAUCUGUUCGACACAGACCGCAUUCCCGCCCUCGAUAGAUCCGAUCUCAAUUUGUACGACGAAAGAGACGACAAAGACUUUCUCAGCCAAUCAGGACAUGACGAAAAUUUGGCAGAAAAUGUACAGCUCGACACGAAUUGCCCUGAAACCAAAAAUUCAAAGAAGGAGAAAGCUGCUACCGUGAUGGUAUGUCCUUAUUGUCAAGAGACGAUUUUGAUUGCUUCGAAGUUAAAACAUAUGAGGAAGUGUCGCGCCCGCACGGUGGAGUGUGCUUGCGGUAAAUCAUUCCCGGAUCGCUCCAAGCUCGCGCGACACGUGUACCGGGUGCACGCCGCCGGCGCGCCUGCCGCGACACCUGAGGGUGAGAUCGAAUCGACUGAUACAACAUCAUCAUACAAAUGUGAACAAUGUUGCAUUUCUUUCAAGCGUCGGGGCAUGCUAGUGAACCACAUGUGGCGUGUCCACGGCGUAGUAUCACGGCUGCCUAUAGAGCGUCGCGAGCGCCACUACCCGUGCGUGGCGUGCCCCAAACUAUACCGCUCGGCCGCCAAGAGAGACCACCACGUGCGAGUGCACCAUCCCGGUGCUGAAGUGAUGCGGGCGCAGUGCAUUGAGAGCGGAUCCGUAUACUGCGCGGCGGCGGAGUGUCCCGCUUGCCCGCGGCAGUACGCCACGCGCGCCAAGCUGAUGCAGCACAUGCGAGCAGCGCAUCCUCAUUUCGUGAGUAAACAGAAAAUGUCGUCUGCGGAAAAACUUAUAUUACCCGGAAUAUAAGUUGAUCCAUAAUAACAGCGGUCUGCGCAUUAGAUAUCCAAACACACUCCCUGGUUCGUCUCGUCGUGUAAACCACUCAUCAUACUGUAAAUGUGAACUACGCAACUGUAGAACAACUUAAAUGCUAUGUAUUUUUUAAAAAGUAUUUCAAUAAAUUACUUUUUUAUAUUUUU